AUGGCGGAGCAUUUGUUCUUUCCUGGGGAACCCCCAAAGCCUUAUAAAGUCGAGUACAAUAAUUCGCUAUAUGAUGGAGGCGAUUGGGACCAGUUCCCGGCUCGCUGUGGCUGGAAAUCGGAAGAAGGAGAUCACAAGUUCCCUUUAAACCGAAUCCCGGAGAGAUUCCACUCUGAAAUCGAGUGCUGGCUUUACUUCGGCAUGCUCCACUAUGUGUUUGGGGAUCAGCUGGACCAGUCCGAUUUCCUCCUACGCAGGGAAGACGUUCAAUGCUUAACGACAAAGCAUCUCGAUAAAUAUGUCGGUAAUGCCAAGGAAUGGAAGAAGAGGAAAUUUGGCGAGCGAGCGGUUGACAUCGUCAAGAAAGUUUGCCAGCAGCUUUCUAUAUACUCUAAGUUUUGUGUGCGGGAUGAGAUGCUUGUGGCCAUUCGACUGAUCUGCUAUGUUCUCUGGUAUACUGCAGAGAAGCGAGACGGUCCUCAGACCAAGACCCCUAGUGUUCACCAUUGGCUGUUGAGCGUAGGGCCUGAGAUUGAGCAAAUGGUUGCAGCAGGAUGGUGCCCUUUGGAGGCAGAGAAAUGUCGCACGACGGGUGGUGGACCGGAUACCCCGGUGUAUCUGCUUCAAUUAAUGCGUGUCAAGGCCGACUGGUACACAAAAACGCAUGAGUCCUGUAAGAAGAUAGAAUGCGUGGCAAACAACGUCGAUGAGAGCGACUAUGUCACUCGACACGUGCAAGAAGAUUGCAGCUGUUCGCAUGUCCAGGCAGAUGUCGAGAAGCUGCAUACAAUUCUCCGGGAAGGAGGGGUUCCACUUCUGAUGAUCACACCUUGUGACGACGAUGUUAAGAUUGAGAUCGUGAGAAAGCGUGUCGGCAGACAAUACCUGGCUAUCUCGCAUGUGUGGUCCGAUGGACUAGGCAACACAAAGGGUAACAGUCUCCCGACCUGCCAAAUGAAGUUCCUUUACGAGCAGGCAAGAUGUGUUCUCACUGGCGAUGAAUAUGUCCCUCGCUACAAUAAUGGCCCAUUUGGACCACUACACACGGGUACAUCUCGACUUGCCCAUUUGGUGAGCAAUAAGGCUCUACGCAGAGAUGAUCUGGCGAUUCAGCGCAUGCGUGAAGUAUACUUGGACGGGUAUCGGACGAUGAUCAUUGAUUCAGAGAUGAGAAAAGUUAACGCCAGCUCUUCAACUCAUCUUGAGCUUCUCCUAAGGGUACUAUACUGUUCAGGCUGGAUUCGCCGAUUAUGGACACUCCAAGAAGGAUUGGCCGCUAAAAGUCGGCUGUAUGUGAUGUUCUCUGACAAGGCAGUCAACAUUUCCACUAUUGCCGACGAGCUCCUGACCAAACUUGACCGAGACAAACUCCCCAUCAUGCAGGAUAGGAUUAUCACCUAUGCCAUUGGUGUUUGGCUCUCCUUCUUUCAACAAACCCUUGAGUCCGCGUCUAAAUUCCAACGUUUCGUCAACUUUGUUGUUACUCCUUUCGAACCAACCGAGAUCCCUAAAAGUCAACUGAUCAAAUCGAAUUGGUUUAAUGUAGCCACCCGAGCCACCAGCAAGGCAGCCGAUCGCCCCAUCAUUCUGGCGGGUGUCCUCAAUUUUGACUUGAAGGAAAUUAUAGAGGUCAAAGGGUCCGACGAACGAAUGCGGAAGUUCUACAGCCUACUUGAUGAUUUUCCCCAAGGCGUGCUAUUCCAGCAGGGGCCACGAUUCGAAGAAGAUGGAAUGCGCUGGGCGAUGAAAGUGUGUCAAUAUACCGAAGACCUCCGCUACCUCUCGGGCGAAGCCGGGAAGAUCACACCUCGAGGACUUCAGAUCACUUCUUACUCGUCAUGGCUGUUCCCAUCCCGUAUGGCCUUUGACCUCGGCCUCUUUGAUCUUGACCCCUACAAUGCACAACUGGCUUGGGAGAAGUGGCUCGAUGAGUACAAUCCUGGAGAAGUCAAUAGCCUGGAUGGUUACUGUCUGCUGAAAUUUAAACCCCCUAAUAUUUUCGAGCCAGAUGGGACUUACGGGAUUAUUGCAAUGGACUCAGAAAAUUCUAGACCUGGAUCAAGGACAUCGUGUGCAGUGGUGUCAUUGCGUACGACAGAGGAUGCAGUUCAUUAUGCACAAUAUGAAAGCGUGGGAACAAUCGAGUCUAUUGUCAACUAUGCAAAGCAAUCAGAGGAAGGCGGCUAUGUUAUGGCAGUCAAAUGGGAUGACCAGCAAAAACGUGAAUGGAUUGUUGGUUGA